AUGUGCCAGGAGACUGUGAUCUCCGCCUUCUCCUUGGGAUACCGGCAUGUGGAUACUGCUUCGGUCUACCAGAAUCAGAAAGGAGUCGGGGCAGCAUUGGCUGAGAUGAAGAUGGAGCGGGACGAGUUCUUCGUGACAUCAAAGAUUCCAGGAGGCCUCAAUGCCUCUGCUACAGCUGCAGCAGCCGAUGCCUGCCUUGAGGAGCUGGGCCUGAAGUUCGUAGAUCUUAUGCUGAUCCACUUCCCGGCAGACUUCGGGAAGAAUGGCUCGGCCAAGGAGCGUCAGACCGAAUGGACGGCUCUGGAGAACUGGGCCAAGUCCGGAAAGGCACGGGCGAUCGGUGUUUCCCACUACUGCCGCCGGCAGCUAGAUGAUGUCCUGAAGGUGGCCACGGUCCCCGUCGCCGUGAACCAGGUGCAAUACCAUGUGGGCAUGGGAACUGCCCCGACUGCCUCCACCGACGACCGGGACUACAUGAGGGCCAAGGGCGUGCUGUACCAAUCGUUUUCGCCGCUUUGUGGCCCGUGCGAUCCGCCUGACAACACGGAGCUGCUGAAUGGCACGCUGGUCACCGGAAUCGGUGCUCGCUACAACAAGACCGGACCCCAGGCCGUGUGA